AUGUUACGUACUGUUAACCAACGUACUGUAUUAAAAUCCGCAAUUAAUAAAAGCGACUCCAUUUUAAAUAACUCGAGCAGAUUGCUACCAUAUGCUUUUAAGUGUAAUGCUAAUGGUUCUGCAGUUUUCGCUACAAAAAUACCUGGCAAUGAAUUGUCUAAAAGAACGUUUUCCACCAAACAUUCGAAACUAAUACCUAAUGCGGCUAGUAGUGGAUCUUUACCGUUCCACCAAUUUAAGAGGUUUAUGCAGAUGCGAAUGAAUCCAAAUCAACAACAACAGCCCGAAAAACCAGCUUUAGAAUUGUACGGUACAAAUUUAACGGAAUUGGCAAGGAAGGGUAAGCUAGAUCCCGUCAUUGGUCGUGAUGAGGAAAUUGCUCGUGCCAUUCAAAUUUUAUCCAGAAGAACCAAGAAUAAUCCUGUUUUAAUUGGGAGAGCAGGUGUCGGUAAGACAGCAUUAAUCGAUGGGCUAGCUCAAAGAAUUGUCGCGGGUGAAGUUCCUGAAUCUUUAAAGGAUAAGGAUUUAAUAGCUUUGGACUUGAGUAGCUUGAUCGCUGGUGCAAAAUUCAGAGGUGAGUUUGAGGAAAGAUUGAAAAAAGUUUUAGAAGAAAUUGACAAGAGUAACGGCAAAGUUAUUGUUUUCAUUGAUGAAGUUCACAUGCUAUUGGGCUUGGGUAAGUCUGACGGUAGUAUGGAUGCCAGUAACAUCUUAAAACCAAGGUUGGCUAGGGGUUUGCGUUGUAUCAGUGCCACCACUUUGGAUGAAUUUAAAAUUAUUGAAAAAGAUCCUGCCUUAACUAGAAGAUUUCAGCCCAUUAUUUUGAAUGAACCAAGUGUCCCUGAUACUAUCUCGAUUUUGAGGGGGUUAAAGGAAAGGUAUGAAGUUCACCACGGUGUUAGGAUUACUGAUGCUGCGCUUGUGUCGGCCGCUGUUUUAUCUAAUAGGUAUAUUAACGAUAGGUUCUUGCCUGACAAGGCCAUCGAUUUAGUUGAUGAAGCUUGUGCUGUGUUGAGAUUACAACAUGAAUCCAAACCUGAUUCGAUCCAGCAAUUAGAUCGUUCAAUUAUGAGAAUUCAAAUAGAAUUGGAGUCUUUGAAAAAAGAAACUGAUCCUGUUUCUGUUGAGAGAAGAGAAAAGUUGGAAAAAGAACUGGAUAUGAAAAAUGAUGAGUUAAGUAGAUUAACAAAAGUUUGGGAAGCUGAAAAACGCGAAAUUGAAUCUAUCAAAAAUGCUAAGGCUGAUUUAGAAAAGGCCAAAGUUGAACUAGAAAUUGUACAAAGAGAGGGUAAUUUUGCUAAAGCUUCCGAAUUAAGGUAUGCUAAAAUUCCGGAACUAGAAAAGAUGGUUUCUUUGAGUAACAAAAACAAAAAUGGAAAGAAUGAGGGGUUAUUGCAUGAUUCAGUCACUUCGGAUGAUAUUUCAAAAGUUGUUGCCAAGAUGACUGGUAUUCCAAUGGAAACUGUUCUGAAAGGUGAUAAGGAUAGAUUGCUAUUCAUGGAAAAUUCUUUGAAGCAAAGAGUUGUGGGUCAAGAUGAAGCCAUAAAAACUAUUGCUGAUGCCGUUAGAUUACAAAGAGCUGGUCUAACAAGCGACAAAAGACCAAUUGCCAGCUUUAUGUUUUUGGGGCCAACUGGUACAGGUAAAACUGAGUUGACCAAAGCGUUGGCUGAAUUUUUAUUUGAUGAUGAAUCUAAUGUUAUUAGGUUUGAUAUGUCUGAAUUUCAAGAAAAGCAUACUGUUUCCAAAUUGAUUGGUGCUCCACCUGGCUACGUUUUGAGUGAAAGUGGAGGUCAAUUGACUGAAGCUGUUAGACGUAAGCCUUAUGCGGUUGUUUUAUUUGAUGAAUUUGAAAAAGCUCAUCCGGACAUUUGCAAAAUUUUGUUACAAGUACUAGACGAGGGUAAGCUAACUGAUUCUUUGGGGCAUCACGUCGAUUUCCGUAAUACUAUAAUUGUGAUGACGUCUAACAUUGGGCAAGAUAUUUUGUUAUCUGACAAGGCUGGUGUCACAGAUGAUGGUAAGGUCAGUGAAGCUACGCAAACCAAGGUUAUUGAAGCUAUGAAGAAGCAAUAUCCACCGGAGUUUAUCAAUCGUAUCGAUGAUAUAUUAGUUUUUAAUAGAUUAUCUAAAAAGGUUUUACGUAGUAUUGUUGAUAUCAGAUUGGAUGAUAUUCAAGAGAGAUUAGAAGACAAGAGAAUCAAAUUGGAACUAACAGAUGAUGCUAAAACAUGGUUGACUGAUCAUGGUUAUGACCCACUAUAUGGUGCUAGACCAUUAAAUAGACUAUUGCAUAAGAAAUUAUUGAAUCCGAUGGCUGUCUAUUUGUUGAAGGGUCAAAUAAGAACUAAUGAAACUGUUGAGGUGGAAGUUAAGAAUGGUGAGUUAUAUGUUAAACCUAAUCAUGAGGAAGGUGAACAAGUCGAAGUUGAAGAGGAGAAAUAG